GGGGGGAUGGAUGUCUUACAAGCCGAACUUGACCGCGCACAUGCCCGCCGCCGCCCUCAACGCCGCAGGAAGUGUUCACUCGCCUUCCACUAGCAUGGCGACAUCCUCUCAGUACCGUCAGCUGUUGAGUGACUAUGGGCCACCAUCGUUAGGCUAUACCCAGGGAACCGGGAACAGCCAGGGGCCUCAGAGCAAAUAUGCCCAGCUGCUAGCCAUCACUGAAGAACUGGGAAAGGAGAUCAGACCCACAUAUGCAGGGAGCAAGAGUGCCAUGGAGCAGCUCAAACGAGGCAUCAUCCAUGCCGGAGGGCUGGUUCGGGAGUGCUUGGCUGAGACAGAACGCAAUGCCAGAUCCUAGUCUCAUUAGAUCUGAAUGUCCUGUCUUUCUACAAGAUGGGAGGUUACAGUUCAUCUCUCCUGUUGAGACAAAACUUUGUUUUCAAAAUGGUAACCGUUUAGUUUUUUCUACCAUGGUUCACUAAGCUCUAUACCUACACCCUCAAAGAUUGGGAAAAGAUUUUGCAGUAAAAUUUGAAUUUUAAGUCGUUAGG